AUGGGCAACAGCGCGGGCCGCAGCGACUUCGAGUGGGUCUACACGGACCAGCCGCACACGCAGCGGCGCAAGGAGAUGCUCGCCAAGUACCCGGCCAUCAAGGCCCUGAUGCGGCCGGACCCUCAUCUCAAGUGGCUGGUGCUGGGGAUGGUGCUGGCGCAGCUGCUGGCCUGCUGGCUGGUGCGGGGCCUGGCAUGGCGCUGGCUGCUCUUCUGGGCCUAUACCUUCGGGGGCUGCGUGAACCACUCGCUGACGCUGGCCAUCCACGACAUCUCGCACAACACGGCCUUCGGCACGGGCCACCCUGCCCACAACCGCUGGUUCGCCGUCUUCGCCAACCUGCCCUUGGGUGUGCCCUACGCCUCCUCCUUCAAGAAGUACCACGUGGAUCACCACCGCUACCUGGGCGGCGACGGGCUGGACGUGGACGUGCCCACGCGCCUCGAGGGCUGGCUCUUCUGCACGCCGGCCCGCAAGCUGCUCUGGCUGGCGCUGCAGCCCUUCUUCUACUCGCUGCGGCCGCUCUGCGUGCACCCCAAGGCCAUGACCCGCAUGGAGGUGUUCAACGCCCUGGCGCAGCUGGCGGCCAACGCCACCAUCUUCACCCUCUGGGGGCUCAAGCCCAUGGUCUACCUGCUGGCCAGCUCCCUACUGGGGCUGGGCCUGCACCCCAUCUCGGGCCACUUUGUGGCUGAGCACUACAUGUUCCUCAAGGGCCACGAGACCUACUCCUACUAUGGGCCCCUCAACUGGAUCACUUUCAACGUGGGCUACCACAUGGAGCAUCACGACUUCCCCAGCAUCCCGGGCUGCAACCUGCCCCUGGUGCGGAAGAUUGCGCCCGAGUACUACGACCACCUGCCCCAGCACUACUCGUGGGUGAAGGUGCUCUGGGACUUUGUGUCCAAGGACUCCUUGGGGCCCUACGCCAGGGUGAAGCGGGUGUGCAAGCUGGCGGAGGACGGCCUGUGA